AGUUGGAUAUUGCCUAUAGAGAAGACACGUCGGUCAAUAAAAAAAAACGAGCAUACAUCUAGCCUACAUUAGAGUUUGGUAUAAACGAUGUCGAAAACGGUCAGCGAUGCAAUAAUUAAUGUGCUCGAUGGUUUAGGAGAGGCUGGUUUGAAGAGAUUCAGACGUAAACUCUGUGAUUGCAAGAGGGACCAGGGGCCAGUAAUUCGUUUUGGCAAGGUUGAGAAAGCGGACGCUGAUGACUUGGUUCUUAUUUUGAUCCGUACCUACACUGAAAACGGGGCUUUGGAUGUGGCUAUAGAGGUCUUGGAAGCAAUUGGUGACAAAGAAUCUGCAGAAGAAUUGAUGGAUUUUCAGAAGUCCCGCAAUAAAUCACCUGGUCCAUCUGUCCCUGGAGACCCAGGCCAACACUUUGUGGACUUGUAUCGGAAGGAUCUGAUCGAACGAGUGUCCCAGGUGGACCCCAUCCUGGAUAGUCUACUGCAGAGGAAAGUCAUCCAACAAAGUGCCUACAGUGAUGUGAGGUCUGAAAGAACCAGCCAGAAAAGGAUGAGAGAGCUCUAUGAAGGACCUGUGAAAGGAUUUGGUGUCAGUGGCAAAGAUAUAUUUUUAGAGAUUCUGACAGAGCACGAACCAUACCUUAUUAGUGACCUAAAGGGAGAAAAAUGAGGUGUAAAAACCCAUUCUCUUUUCUAUUGUUAAAUUGGACAGAAUCAUUGUAUCUAAAUUCUGCAAUUAAUGGCAAAUAAUUUUUAUAACCUUUAUUUUUCCUUUUUGCCAUAUAACUGUUGAGGAUUUGAAGCUGUUUUAGACUCACCAAUACUAAAACAAAGUGGUGCUGAUGA